AUGACUAAUAUCAGAGUUGGUGUUUUCCCGCUGGAAAACGAUGCUCAGACGUGCUUUGAAGUUCCAAAUUGUAAACAUCCGGGUGCUGAAGUAGAAAUUCUUAAAAUGAUUUUCCGCCUAAUUGGUGUUAAUUAUACAAUGAUUGAUGUUUGGAAAAAGUUUGGCCAACAAUAUGACUUUGGUUCAAAACAGAAAAAUGGAAAUUGGUCCGGAAUGAUUGGAUUGUUACAGAGUGACCAGCUCGACAUGAUUGGACUUUCAAUGAGAAUUGCUCCUGAAAGAGAGGAGGUUGUUUUGUUCUCUUAUCCAACUCGAGUUUUUGAGACAAGUAUUCAAUCGUUUCCUGUAAGCUCUCGAAUGUUGCUAUUAAUAAUUUUGAUUGCUACUUUUUUCAUAUCACAACUAUAUCAAACUGAUAUGUUAGCAUUUUUAUCCGUUCCAUUAACAUAUAGCAUUCCAUUUCGAUCAAUUAAACAAGCUUUAGAGCUUGUUGAACAUCAAAAAAUGUACAUUGCCGCAUUUGAAAACCAGACAUUGUUAUGCACUCCAACGACGUGUAGCCUUUUCCAAAAGUCAAUUGAUAAAAAUCCAGUGAGGCGAGCAAAUAAAGAUACAGAAGUGCAAGACUUGAUCAAGAAAGGAGGCAUCUAUCAAUCGACAGUUGACAGUGCGCUCUUACCUGGACAACUUUCUUGGCUAAAUGUUGAUCAGAAGUUUCUGAUAGUACGAGAUGAAGAUGCACCUUCCUAUUACGUAGCAUUUACUUUUUCAAAGAAACAUAAGAAGCUACUGAAAAAGUUCAAUAGUGCACUCAUUGAAGUGUUGCCAGCUGUGUCUCUUAUUACUAUCGGACACGGAUAUAAUACAAAGAAAAAACCAUUUGAGAUCCGAACUACCAACCCGAGGUCAUCAUUAUCAAUCAACAAUCAUCUUUGGCAAUUGUUUCGCAGUUUCAUCAUUAUCUCCUCCAUCUGUCUUUUUGUCUUUGGUUUAGAGAUUCUUUUUCACUUUCUCUUCCACUUUCGCUCAUCUAAAUCAUAUUCUCUUGCAUUAUUCACUCUGUGA